UGUUGUUCAUAUUUUAGCACGUUUGGCUUACUUAUAAAACUUUUCAGACAAUCCAAGAUUUUAAUAUUUAGUAAUAUUGUAAUAUUACGUAAACUACUGAUAAAUACACAGACUUCUGUCGCAGUUUUUAAGAUGAUGCACAGUAGUGCAAUGUUUAUAAUGUAUCAGUGCACUGAGAAAAAGCGGAGAAUCUAGUAUAAAAUAUGUGCUCUAGGACCGCUUUAUUAUGUUGGCUUAAUUGCACGUCCUUUUAAAAAAAAUACCAACCCAAGGUUGCAAGAUAAACACCAAAAUCUGGACAGUCUUGUCAUGACAUUAGCGUGCUAGUAAUAUGCUAAUCACACUAACAUGCCUUUCAUGCUAGAAACGUUAUCAACAUCUAUGUAAAAUUUCAAUUUUCUUUUACAACUGCUUUAAACUUUCAGACUUGACAAAAAAUUUUAAAAUUCUAUUUAUAUUCUAUUCUAUUCCAUUUUAAAAUACACCCACACUUACUCAGACUAAGCUUACUUUUUUAUUGAUUACAUGGUAACACAAUAGCAGUGUAUUUUUCACAACGUAUUUUUUCUUAAAAAUGAUUUUUUUUUUCAUCUUUUCAAUGUACUUUCUAAAGUAGCCUCCUAAAAACAUCCAGUUUUGUUGAGAUUCCCACAAAGACCUUUCACUAGUCAGGUGGCUAUAAUUACUCAGAAAACUGAAAACAUUUGACCACAAAAUUUACAAAAAUCAUAUCAAUUUUAAGAAAUGUUUUAAUAAAACACAUUAAUUUGAAUUUGAAUUAUUAUAAAAAAAUGUCUUUGUAUACAAAACAAAACAAAAAACAUUGAAAUACAUAAAUUCAUGUUAUUUUUUAUUUACAUAUAAUGCAGGGAUUCCCACACCUUUUUUGUCAGCCCGACAUUUUUCAUCUAAAAUAGGCCUAGUUACCUGAAGUACACCUGAGAUUUCAAGUAUCCAUACACCAUGCCAGGAAGAGCAGGUGGACUCGGUGGGUUUGCUCAAAUAACGGAGUGUUUGUACAUCGGCAACAGCAGAACAGCGAGCGACUCUUCGCUCAUUGGUUCACUCAACAUUACAUGUGUUAUUAACACAACUCUGGACGUAAGCAACACAAAGAUUCCCACUGUGGAUUACAUGCACGUGCCUGUCGCUGAUGAUCCUCAGUCCAGACUCUGUGACUAUUUUGACAGCGUUGCUGAUAAGAUACAGCAUGUGAGUGAUGAAGACGGACGCGUGCUGCUUCACUGUAACGCAGGCGUCAGUCGCUCGGCGACGCUGUGUCUGGCGUAUCUGAUGAAGCACCGUCAUCUGACGCUAGCAGAGGCGCACGCACUGCUCAAAUCACUCAGACCCAUAGUGAGACCCAACAGCGGCUUCUGGAGGCAGCUGAUCGAGUACGAGCACAAAUUACAUGGCAAAAACACUGUCAGUAUGAUCAACUCGCCCCUCGGACACAUUCCAGAUCUGUAUGAGAGAGAAACAAGAGGCUUGAUUCCACUUUAGGAAAUGAAUUACAAACUGUGAUAUCUUGUGCUUCCUGUCAUUUCUUUCAUAUUUGAAUGACUUUUUACAUUUUUAUGGUUAAUUUAUGUAUUAUUUUUUUGUCUGAAUUUGUUGUUAUUUGUUAUUUAUAAUAAAGUUUUUGAUGAUGUGCAAUAAAAUGCAACAAGAUGGCAGAAGAUUUCUAAGUAGGGUACAUUUAAUGUUAUCAUGGAUUUGUGUUUUAGCCAGAAGCAACAGUUGAAAGUUAAAACUUCUUAAAAAUAGAUUCAUUUCUUACAAACACAAAGCCUUUGGCUUCAGAAGACGGAAGAAACCUGAUGGAUUGGAGUCUUGGAUUGCUUUUGAAUUAUUGUGAUGUUUUUAAUCAGCUCUUUGGACUCUCAUUCUGACGGCACCCAUUCACUACAGAGCAUCCAUUGGUGAGCAAGUGGUUAACUGACUUCAUACAUCCACUAAAUAUCAUCUUGGGACCAGAUCGGAAAAAACAAACGUCUUAAAAAGUGAGGUUAGUUUUACGGCUGCACAAUUAUGACAAAAAUAAUAAUUGUUGAUUAUUCCAUUGAAAUUGUAAUUGCGGUUGUUGAUUACUAUUAUCACAAUUUACAUUGAAUUAUGUUUAUACCAUCGUUUAAUGCAACUGUAUGCCGUAUUUGUAUAUGAAAAUAAACAAACUGAAAACACUAA